GUGAGUAGUAGUGGCAGGCGGCAACAUAGCACGUGGUGAACAUGUCUGGCGGCAACUUGAGUGGCGGAGCCGGCGGCGAACCCAUUUGGGACGAGGACUUAUCGCAUUUACUCAACUCCCCCGAUCAAGGAAGCCUUCCAUGGCAGUUGACGUCGACGAACUCAACUGGGAUGUCUGGACCGACUCGCAAGGAUAUUGGCCGCCUCUCAAGCUUUGACCUGGCCGAGUUGAACCACCACGACAUGAUGUCGUCGACGCAGGAUGUCAGCUACGAACGCAAAAAGUCUCGUGCAAAAAUUACUCGGGUUGAAGUGAACAACGGGUUUGACGAUCUCCUCCAGGUCCUCCGCCUUCCCAACAGCCGCAAGAAUAGCCGCGCCAAGGUCAUUCAGUACGCAUGCGAACGCAUUCGAGCGCUCGAGCAGGAAAACGAACGACUGAAGCAGCAAGUGCCGCUCCCGGGGACGCUCCCGCCGUCCGCCGCCGCCGGGGCCAUGGUCUGGAUUCCUUGCACUUCCAUGCUCCUCCCACAACUACCCCAGCAUCAGCGCGUGCCACAACGCUCCAAGCGCGUGAAGAAAACCACCGCUUUGUCUUCGUCCACCAAGUCUACAUCCACCACGGCACCGUCCAUCCUGCAAACCUUGGUCACGACGUGUCCCCACGUGCUACGUCACUUUGACGCCUCGACGCUCGCUCGCUUGAUGCAAGUCUCUUCGGAAUGGAACAUCUUCCUCGGCGAUGUCAAGCAAGCUUACUUGUGGGAAGCCCUCGUCGGCGCCCGAUGGCGGAUCGCCGGCGCCGCUCUCGCCGCCGUCGCCCCUGGUCAAACCAUGCGCCAAAAGUGGCUCCAUCUGCACAAGUCCAUGGCACUGCCACGCCUCGUGUACGCUCAAUCGGCGGCAUCAUGUCCGUCCGAUGAGGAUGCCGCCGUCGUCGCCAAAGGACGCGCCGGUGGCAUCGCCGUGUGGGCCAUUCUGGCUCGGCGAUCCAACUCCCGCACCACGCGGUCGGUGUGGCGGGACGGCGCAGUGGCCGUGAUGCAAGUGGUGGAAGUGCACAUUGUGGUGCAAAACACGAAUGGAGGCACCGCCGUCGGGGUCACGUCGGCGGCCGUCGCGCCGUUCACGGUGCUGGAUGCAUCAUACGGCAACUUGUUUGCGCCGCGGUGGAUUGCGCGGAACGGCGUCAAGGUCGAAGGGGUCGGCAUGCCCGAUUUGAUGCUCCAACACUUGGACGUGGGCGUGCUCAGUGUGUAUGUGUCGUGUCCCCACGUCGAAUUUGAAGACGAUUUCCUCACCCGGGCCCACUCCAUCCGAGUGAUCUGCUGCGGCCAAGCCAAGACAUCGCAGCGGGUGGUGGUGGUGGACGCGCCGAUGACUACUCCUAGUAUGGCUCGACAACCAUCACAUGCAACCCACCGAACGCAACUCAAGUGACGACAACCAUGUAACAGCAUCCUCCGGCGGAGUAGAAGGACCGGCUCAUAUUCAAACGAUAGGAUGAUGUGUGCAGGGAUGGUAUGGAGAUUGGCCGCCCCACGAACAGACUUUAGUAUGUGACAAGGUUGUUGUGCGUUUAGUUACCUUGUUCGUCGUGGUUUUGAGCUAGUAGUAGUAGUAGUACUAGUAGUA